CUCGGAAGCAGAGAGUUGAAUGCCAGCGUCGUGUCUCAGCACGGAUCAAAUAGGAAGCAAAAAGCAUGGGGGACAGUUUGCAGAGUCAAUGGAAAAACUGAAGCAUUUUAUUGCUGGAUGAAAGUCAUACAUAAGAAAAUCAUCAAAACCAUUGUAUUGUCAGCACUGCUUCUGGGGGCGCUGUUUCAUUUCUGGAACCCGUGGGCCAGUUUAAGAGUUGACAUACGACCAAGAGGAGGGGGUCCGAUACAAGAACUCCUUUUUGGAAAAACUGCAAACCUCAUCAGGCUUUAUCCUGAUGUUCCCUCCCACGUUAAAGAAGUUGUGGCACACCAUUUGGCUCAAAACACAUGUGUGUGCAAAGCAGAUGAGAAAACGUUUCACUUGCCUUUGUUAAAUCAUUUCCUCCCGGGUGUUUGGGCCCAGAAUCUACAAAAGGCUUAUUUGGAAAACCACCCUGACCCUGAGAGUGUGAAGCGCCGUAGGGCUCAGGAGUACGAUAAGUUUAAGAUCAGGUCUUCAAGUCCUGCAGAUUUGCUGAUUGUGGCUGAGGCCAACAACCCCCUCCAGUAUCCUACACAAGGAGUGGAGGUUCAGCCCCUCAAAACCAUCAUCAUUCCUGGUUUGAGUCUCAAGCUGAAUAAAAGAUCUAACUAUUUGGUUAAUUUGACAGCACAGCUAGGGACUUUUGAUGUGGCUGCCACAGUGGAAGGAGUGUCCCUGAAGGGAGAAGGGGAGAAGCACAUUACACUUUCAGGCACCCACCUGUCUGCUCUGAACCGACAGCUACAGUUCGUUACCUAUACAAGCGUCGUGUUUCAUCCCAAAACGGCAGACUCAGUUCAGUUUGCAACUGAAGAUUAUCAGGCAUUCUUUACCAUCAAAAUUGGACAUAAGACCAUCCCAAAACUUUACAACUCUGGAUACAGUGGAGAGUACAACAUUACUGCUCUGGUUACCAUUGCCACCAAGACCUUUCUGCGCUAUGACAAACUCAAAGAUCUCAUCGACAGCAUUCGGCAGUAUUAUCCCACUGUCACCAUAGUGAUCGCAGAUGACAAUGAACACCCUCAGCCAGUUACUGGUCCUCACAUUGAACACUAUAUUAUGCCCUUUGGAAAGGGCUGGUUUGCAGGGAGAAAUCUGGCAGUGUCUCAAGUGACUACCAAGUAUGUGCUAUGGGUGGAUGAUGAUUUCAUCUUUACUGCCAACACUAAGUUGGAAAAGAUGGUUGACAUCCUGGAGAGGACCACUCUGGACCUGGUUGGCGGCGCCGUGAGGGAGGUAACUGGAUACUCUGCCACAUUCCGACACACCAUUUCAGUUGACGAAGGAGGACCUGAGGGUGACUGUUUGCACAUACGUCUUGGAUACCAUCAUGUCAUUGAGGGAUUUCCCAACUGUGUGGUCGCAGAUGCCGUCAUCAACUUCUUCAUGGGACGGACAGACAAAAUACUGCAGGUUGGCUUUGACCCCCGGCUGUCACGAAGAGGCCACUUAGAGUUUUUCAUUGAUGGACUGGGCCUCCUCCACAUUGGCUCGUGUAGUGAUGUCAUAAUAAACCACGCAUCUAAGAUUAUCCUUCCUUGGAAAAAAACUGACAAGCACAAAGCGUAUGAAAAAUUCCGAUACAGUGUCCAAAAUAAUAUUUCCAAUGAAAUCUUUUACUUUAAGUACAGAUUUCAGUGCUUGACCAGUCAGUGAAAGCAAGCCUCAAGAGUUCUUGAUUUUCUUUGUUUUUUUACAAAUCUUUGACAGACAAAAAUACAGUUUUUACCGUGUAAACACCAAGAGCUGCCCACUCUUUGCAUGUGUCUGUGGUUUUGGAACAGCACUGUGCAUUUAGUCAAAUAAAUCACUGAAACUUGAUUGCCAGAAGAAAACCUUGACAGGUUUUAAAGAAGGUUAUAUAAACCUAUUCUAGGUCCAUCAACUUUUCCAAAGUCCAUGUUGUAUGAAACCCUGAUAUAUAAAGUAAAAACAAAGGUGUAGUUAAACAAAAACACUUUUCAGUUGUUUUUUUUUUUACUUUAAUUAAAGUGAUUGUUUUUCUGGAAAAAGUAAAUAUCUUCAAGAAAAAAAAUCCUAUUUUAGAAGUCUACAUUCAGUCAGGCUGUCAUUGCAAAACUUCUCCACAAGAUGGAAACAUAACAAAGCAAAAGCACACAAUUUAAAAAGGCCUCAAAUCUAUUAGAAAAGGGGAACUUCCUGUUGUGAUUAAUUGUCCCUGAAUACAUAUGUUGUAGAAUACAUUAAAAAAUUAACCGUCGUUUUUGUACUAUUCUAUUGUAAUGUUGUUUUGUUAACCAUUGUUGCUGUAAAUGGAAUUUGCUAAUGAGUCCAUUUGUGCACCAAAAAGCUUUGCUUUUGUCUUAGGUGUAAGCACAUUAGGUAGGGAAGCCUAAUUUUUGUGUUUUGUUCAAACAAUAAUUGUAAUGAAACAUUUGCGGUUUAAUAAAAGUCUUUUACUUGCUGACCCUGA